AUGUCGACUGAGAGUGAUUCUGAUUAUGUGCCAAGUGAAGAGGAGGUACAUGAAGAUGAAUAUGCAUAUGAAAAAAAAUUUGAGCCAGAGGCAAACAUUACUAAAUCCUCCAAGACCAAAGAAAAAUACAAGAUUAAGGCCAGUUUCCACAGAAGCUCCAUUCCGAAAUUUAUAGAAAUAGUUGCAAAAUUGAAUUCUGAGAAGAGGAAGGAUGUAAAGGAUAUCGGUUUUGAAUUUCUGUUGGGUCUCAAUUGUUCCCAUUUGUUGACUCCACUCUUCGAUUACUUGAUAGAACAAUUUGAGGCUGACAAAUGUGGCAUAAAACUGAAGGGCAAUCAGUUGUUACCCAUAAAUGCGUUUGAGGUGCAUAACAUUUUGGGCUUACCUGCCGGUAUAGUGCCAGUGCCUACAUCCCGUCAGUUUUCUGCGGACUGGAUAGACAAGGGUGGAUAUCGGGAGUCGUUGUCUGUAGACGAAUUGAUGAAAAGGGUUGUAGAAUGUAAAGCUGGAGAUAACUUCAAAAGGGCCAUUGUAUUAUUCGCAUGUACGACUGUACUAACCCCAAACAGUCGUUAUCAUGCGCAUGUACAAGAAUUAUUGGCCGUUGACAAUGUCAAAGCAAUAAGUUCUUAUAACUGGUGCCCGUAUGUGGUGGACCAUGUGGUUGGUAGUUUGGGUGAAAAGAGAUUGAUCACAUCUUGGGGCAUAGUAGAUCUGAGCAAUGUCAAUGUUGGCCCAACUGCAUGUGGUCUGUCCCAAUCUCGGCCGUCCAAUGCUGCAUUGGAGCGUUGCAUUAAAGAUAUGAAAAGGGAAAUAAGAAACGAUGCAGAAAAUACAAAGACGUUGAAGAGAAAGGUUAAGAAAAUAGAGAUUUUAAUAAAGAAGAAGUCAAGAAAGGAUUUUAGAGGUGAGGAACAACAGUUUGCUGAUGAGCCAAGAGAUGAAGAGGAUAGGGAGGAAAGGGAAAUAGGUGGUGAGGGGGAAUCAGUUGAUGGGGAUGUAUUCGAGAGAGAUGCAGGCGACAUUACUCCUACCACCAACCCUAAAAUAAAUGACCAACAAAGGGAAGAGGGCGAUAUGGUUGUCGCCAUAGCUAUGGAGCAGGACUUAAGUGUAGUAGCAGUUGUAGCUUCCAAUAGUCAGGCAGACAUAAAUGUUGCAGGGCCUUAA